AGUUGCUGCUUGAAUCAGUGUUUCUCAGCGUUGAUCCUUACAUGAGACCUUACAGUCGAAGGGACAUGAAGGAAGGGGAUAUAAUGAUAGGAACACAGGUUGCCAGGGUUGUAGAAAGCAAGAAUCCUGCUUUCACAGUGGGGACAUUUGUUGUGGCUGGAAGUGGCUGGAGAACUCAUUUCAUCUCUGAUGGGAAAGACCUACAACUCAUUCCUUCCAGUUGGCCGGAAUCACUCCCCAGAUCUCUGGCUCUUGGGACAGUUGGCAUGCCAGGCCUCACUGCAUAUUUUGGUUUGCUGGAGGUCUGCAAGAUAAAGCCAGGAGAGACGGUGCUGGUUAAUGCUGCAGCUGGUGCUGUGGGUUCUGUGGUGGGGCAGCUUGCUAAAAUUGGGGGUUGCAAAGUGGUUGGCUCUGCUGGCUCAGAUGAGAAGGUUGCCUAUCUGAAAAAAAUAGGCUUUGAUGAAGCCUUUAAUUACAAGACGGUUACAUCUCUGGAUGAAGCACUGCACAAAGCCUCUCCUGAUGGCUAUGACUGUUUCUUUGACAAUGUGGGUGGAGAGUUUGCCAGUAUUGCUAUCAACCAGAUGAAGAAAUAUGGAAGGAUUGCAGUCUGUGGAGCCAUCUCUCAGUACCAUGACUCCAUGCCUCAGAAAGGGCCUUAUGUGCAGGUUCCAAUAGUCCUCAAAGAGCUUCAGAUGGAAGGGUUUUUGGUGACCCGCUGGAAUAACCGUCGGGAGGAAGGUCUGAAGGCACUGCUAAAAUGGGUCAUGGAGGGAAAACUGAAGUGCCAUGAACAAGUCACUGAAGGAUUUGAGAACAUGCCAGCAGCUUUCAUUGGAAUGUUAAAGGGAGAAAAUCUUGGAAAAGCCAUUGUAAAAGUCUGAAGGUCACAUAAUCCUGGGAGACUGGCACAGGAGAAUGUGAUUCUGUUAAGUACUUUUAACUCACAUUGAAAUGUAUGUUUCAGUC